AUGUCGCGCCCGCCGGGCAACAAAUUCGCUGAGUUUUUCCCAACCGCCCCGAGCGUCAUACAACGGAAAUCUUCAAAGGUGUCAGAGGUCGAUAGACCCCAGCAUAUCGAUCGCAACCACCGUACGGAUCAUGCGCAUAAAGGUCUCGCCCCUGCCCAGGCUUCUUUGAACUUUCGAGGUCAGAUAUCGCCUUCGACCGUGGACACUUUAGCCAGACUUGACAGCGACACUCUUACAAAGGAGGAGGCAGAUCAGUUCCCGGGCGACCUUCUCAAUGCUGCCAGUUCUGCGAGCUCGUCGAGUACCGCUUCUUCGGUUUUCAGCGCACCUCUCACCACUGCCGUAGCUAUGUCGAGCACGCACCAUCUCCAAUUUACGACCCUCACUCCUCUCACAAAUUCAGACUCCCCUCCCACCGGCAAGUCAAUGAGCCCUGGGAUUGAGAACAACACCCACACAAGCACGAAUGGAAUUAUCACCGCCUCAUCUCUCCAUCCGGGCUCGAUGACACCGCUUCACACCCCACCUGCCCAUCGAAGGGCGGCGCGAGAUUCGACUCUACAUCCAAAAGGAAUGAAAUGCACUUACGAUCCCGAACUAGAUAGAAAUUUGAGCUCCAAGGACAAGCGAAAAAUGAAAGCGCAGUUUGAGGAGUUUGGAGGGAAAUCCGAGGACAAUUUUCAGCCACCUGAUCCUCGCCUGGCGAUACCGAACUACGCGAAAGGCGCUAUAGGAAAGGGAAAAUCAAAGUUUCGACCUGCACCAUACAACUUGAAGUCAUGGACGCCAGACAAUGUCACCGCUGUUGCCCCUCCUCCGGCGACCACCGUGGUCGUUACGGGCUUUGAUCCGAUGACGCCUCUUUCCCAAAUCAGCGCUUUGUUCUCGAGUUUCGGUGAGAUUGGAGAUAUGGACAACAGAACAGAUCCAGUUACGGGACGUUUUUUGGGUAUAUGCAGUAUCGAGUAUCAAGACUGCGCUUCAUUCCAAGGUGGUGGCCCGAUCUCCGCCGUUCUUGCCGCGAAGACAGCAUAUCUGGAAGGAAAACGGGGUCAGAGGAUAGGCCUGAAGACAGUGCAAAUAGCCAUCGAUCGAGAUGGCUCUGUGACCGAGAAGCUGGUGGAGAAAGCCAUUGCCCUUCACCGAAAAGAGAGUGGCUUUACAAAACAGGCAAGAGUUCAGCCAUCCCCGUCUCCUUCGACGCCUACGGUCACCACCCCGACAACAGGCUUCGCAAAGUCAACAGGACCACCUCCAACCGCCCCGAAAGGUCCGUCGGGAAAACCUAGCCUUCGUCCCCAGCCGGCUUUUCAUGCACCUCCCGUUGUACACACCCCUUUCGCGGUUGCCCCCAAGCCUACUCCUCCUGUUCUAGCCAGACCCACGGGGGGAGCAUCAGUUGUUGAGAGUACGCCUAUUGGCGAGACUCUGAAGGUGCCCUACAUCUUCAUCGCCCACAGCCACGUGCCGGUCAUGCCCACCACAAUUCCCCAUCUGAAGAAACGAUUGAGAAUGUACGACUGGCGCGACGUCCGUUGCGACGAAACUGGAUACUUCGUCACGUUCGAGCAAUCACGAAAUGGGCAAAUGGAAGCCAAGAGAGCCUUUCAUGGAUGUCAUAUGCAGCCACUGUUUACCUAUGUGAUGAAUUUGGAGCUGCAUCUUAAUGGCCAUCCCAAAGCCCUUGGCUCUGGCGAGCAGCCUCUACCAACUCCUACAGGGCCAGUUGAUUUUGUUUAUUCUAAGCAAGCAUACCGAUUACGAAAGGAGCAUGAUCUGGACCUCGAAGAAGAGAAGCGGCAGCGAGCUAGGGACCUUGAUCCCUCCCGGGCGGUCGUCCAAUUAGUAAUCCAAGAACUCCGGGAUAAACUUCUGGAGGAUGUCAAAUCCAGAAUCGCUGCCCCAACUCUCUACGAGUUCCUUGAUCCAGACAGGCACUCAGAGCGGCGGCGAGCCCUCGGCAUAGACGAUCCUGAUGGACCAAGGAGGUCUACACUGACUGAUGACGGUUCAUGGACGCCAGAUUCACGUUCAGGGAUUGGCAUGACAAAUCGACGGCCGUUGAGCGGCAAAAAUCUUAAUAUCCUAUCCCUUCCCAAGAUUGGCAAGAAGCCAGGCACAGAGCGAGGAAUGGUUGGAUUUCGCGACGAGAGGAGAAAGGUUCCUCCAGCGAGGCACAAUGUUCGAUCUUUGUUCCACCAGCUCGCCCAAUUUCACGAUGAUGAGGAUUCAGACGAUGAGCAGAGAACAUCCAUUACUAGGGACACCGAAGAGCUGGAGAGUCGUCCUGCUAGUCGCAUGAGCAUGACAUCAAUGUCCGACGACGAAGAUGAGCUGUUGCGCAAGAUUGCCAAACGCCGACUACACGCAAGGGAAGAGUCAGAAAUGGGAGACAGCGUGGUUAAGGAAGAAGUUGAGCACAAAACAACCGCCGAGGACCUUAUCAUCUCUAAGCUGGAAAGGAGUAUCUACGAAAUGUCGCCUUCUUCGAGAAAGCGCAAGAGGUUAGUCAAGGAACUUGAAGCUCGAAAGCGACAAAAGGCAGAUGAUGAGCUUUUCGGGAUUGGCAGAGCCGAUCUGGAGCGCGAUGAUUCCGACGAUGUCAAAAUGCAGGAUGUGGAGACUCCUGUUGAGGGCACUCCAGAAGUUGAGUCGGACAUCCCGAAGCCCAUCGUUAAGAAAUCAAAGCCCAAGAAGAAGACAAAGAGACAGAUCCUCGAAGAACAAGAAGCACUUCGGCAAGCACAAGCCGAAGCUGAGGCGGCAGAAGUCGUGGACAAUGUUCUAGAAUACGCUGAAGAGGAAGAAGCACUCGCUGAAGCAGCGGAAUGGCGACCUGAAGUCGAAUGGGGUGUGUCCGCGGAGGAGCCACUCCCUACGGUCGACGACGAUGAGGACAUCAUUCCAGAUCUCCGCGGAUGGCAAGCCAGUCUUUUCGACGCCGAAGACUUGCAGUAUCUCGCCUCAGCGCUGAAAUCCAAGUCCGCGAUGGACAUUGGAGAUCCUAUGGCUUGGGCAUGGAAGCAAGAACAGAUCAGAAAUCUGCAGCCAGGAAUGCAACCUGGAGGCCUGCGUACGGAGCCACUGAUCGAUGGGUAUUAUGUUCCUAAUGCAUCAGGGUCCGCAAGAACUGAGCCCAUCAAGAAGAUUCUCGAGUCGGAGAAGUCGAAAUACUUGCCCCACCGUAUCAAGGUACAAAAAGCGCGCGAGAAACGUGAGGCUGAAGCCAAGAAAGAUCCCUCUGGGGCAGUCAAACCUGUCGUGGAGUUGCCCAAGGCUUCCUCUCGUGGUAAACGAGCAGACGAUAGACGGACAGUCAAGGACUUGGACCGACAAAGAGAAUUGCUGCAGGCCAUGGGUGAUGAUGCUGAUGUAUUGCGUUUCAAUCAGCUCCAGAAACGCAAGAAGCCAGUCAAGUUUGCUAGAUCCGCAAUCCACAAUUGGGGUCUAUAUUCCCUGGAACGCAUUCAAGCCAGCGAAAUGAUUAUCGAAUACGUCGGGGAGAAGAUCAGACAGGAAGUCGCCGACCUGCGGGAAAUCAAAUACACCGAAAGUGGAAUUGGCAGCAGUUAUCUGUUCCGCAUCGACGAAGGGACCGUUGUGGACGCCACCAAGAAGGGCGGGAUUGCUCGUUUUAUCAACCACAGCUGUAAUCCUAAUUGCACCGCCAAGAUCAUUCGAGUAGGUGGCACCAAGCGAAUUGUCAUCUAUGCCCUCAGGGACAUCGAGAAAGACGAAGAGUUGACCUAUGACUAUAAAUUCGAGCGCGAAAUCAACAAUGACGAUCGUAUACCUUGUCUAUGUGGCUCGGCGGUUUGCAAGGGCUUCCUCAACUGA